CCCUCCGUUAGCACCAGCCCAGCCCAACCAGCGCUUGACACCACCACGACUGUUGUCCUCUGUGUCUCUCUGUCUCUCUCAAUCUCUUCAUUACUCUCCAUCUCCCCACGGCAAAUGACGGAUCCGACGCCUCCUGUCUGGCAUACAAUGACGGCGCCAGGGAUCCCCAGGACACGCAAACACGCAAAAAAUCACAAUGCUCGCCGAAGCGGUGUCGCGGGUUGCACCAUGGUCUGCAUCGUCUGCACCUCUCUCCCAGCGGCAACCACCGUCCCGCUUGUCUUCGCCCGAUUGGGACGGGAGCCUCUCCCCACGCCGGGUCCUGGAAUGCUCACUGGCUCCUCGCGCCUGGUCGUCGUCGCUUCGGGCAAGCUGGCUUGCAGACGUGUUGCUCGCUGAGGCCGCGCCGCAGCAGCCAUGUGCAGGGGAGGCUUGCACCUCACCGCACCCUCCCGGGAGUCCUGGCCGCCCAUCUUACCGUCGAGCGGUCGGGGCGCGCGAUCGAGGC